CUGAGAAAAACCCGCACUCGCACCCGCACCCGCCCGCGUCCGCGUGCUCAGCUCCGCCCUUCCCAUCCGCUCCCUCUUCCUCUCCUCCACCGCCCGUUCCCGCCGCCGCCGCCACAGCCCCGCCGGCCCAAGGGAGGGCCCAGGCAGGCAGGCAGGCAGCCCGCCCCCGCGCCGCCGCAGCCGCGGAGCCGCGCGCGCUUCCGAGGCCCUUCCGUCCCAGGCGGCGAUGGCGUACCGGGCAGAGGACGACUACGACUACCUCUUCAAGGUGGUGCUCAUCGGGGACUCCGGCGUCGGCAAGUCGAACCUGCUCUCGCGCUUCACGCGCAACGAGUUUAGCCUCGAGUCCAAGUCCACCAUCGGGGUCGAGUUCGCCACCCGCAGCAUCCACGUCGAGGACAAGGUCGUCAAGGCCCAGAUCUGGGACACCGCCGGCCAGGAAAGGUACCGUGCUAUCACAAGUGCAUACUACCGUGGAGCAGUAGGGGCACUAGUUGUCUAUGACGUGACACGGCAUGUCACCUUCGAGAACGUGGAGAGGUGGAUGAGGGAGCUCAAGGAACACACGGACGCCAACAUCGUGAUCAUGCUCGUCGGGAACAAGGCGGACCUGCGCCACCUCAGGGCCGUCCUUACGGAGGAUGCGAAGGCCUUCGCCGAGAGAGAGAAUGCCUUCUUCAUGGAGACGUCAGCCCUGGAGGCGAUGAAUGUGGAGGAUGCCUUCACUGAGGUGCUCACACAGAUCUACCGCGUGGUGAGCAAGAAGGCCCUUGACAUUGGUGAUGACCCCGCGGCGCCUCCCAAGGGCCAGACCAUCAAUGUCAGCGGCAAGGACGACGUGUCCGCAGUGAAGAAGUCUGCUUGUUGUUCGUCUUAGCUUGGAAGGAUAGAAUAUGUACUUGGGUUGGUCGAUACAUUUGCAGUAGAGGGCACAGGAUGUUAUGGCAGUGAUGGUCCUCAAUCUGUACUCUUGUGUUAACAGGUGCCUCGUGUUCAUUUUGCCAUUUGAUACAUUAAUUCAUUUCAGGACUUCAGAUUGCUGGUAUAGUUUAGGGAUAUGAAAGUGUGCGGCUCUCAGAUUCUUUUCAUUUUCAUAUAGGCCUUCUCUGCCGUGUUGCUUUCA